CUACAUCGUACCGGGCUAGGAGCUACCUGGUAGUCAUCUCAACUUGAACUAAACAAACCCUCCAAUCCCUAACAAGAAAAAAACGGAAAAAAAGUAACAAAGGGCUCUAUCUUCUACCCGUCUGCCCGUCCGCCUGUCUGCGCCUCGUGCAAUCAAAAAUUGCACUCUCUUAAUCGUUACCUUUGGGGGGAAAUAUCCAAGCCUCCUUGAUAAUGUAUCCCUGGUAUAUGUCCUAUUUGGCUAACUAUGACGCGUGACGAUGGAAAAUAAUUCAGUCAACUUACCAAGUGUCCAAUGGAGAAUUCGCAAGACAGUAACGAGCUUGACGAACCCCGGCCAUUCCUAUGAGAAUGGUGAGCCUCACGAGGGCACUGCGUUGUUAGGAAAUAACCACGUCGGCACCAAUGGCUUUGGCAGCCACCACAGUCAUGGCGGGGCCUGGGAGUUCUUUUUCAAUGCGCAGCACACGCCGGGUACCGACAACUCGAAGCCAUGGGUGAAAUAUCCGGCGCAUGUCUGGCAUAUUACCAAGGCCACUUUAUUAAGCAGUCCUGUCAACGUUCUACUCGUGGCUGUACCAAUUGGUAUCAUUGCUGGUCAAACCGGUUGGGAUCCAGUCGCUGUCUUCACCAUUAACUUUUUCGCCAUUAUUCCCCUGGCUGCCGUGCUCUCAUUCGCGACGGAGGAGAUAUCUGCCAAGCUGGGCGAGGCUCUCGGAGGCUUGCUCAAUGCUACUUUUGGCAAUGCGGUAGAGCUGAUUGUUAGUAUAAUCGCCUUAAGGGACAAGCAGAUCGAGGUUGUCAAGUCUUCCAUGAUUGGCUCGAUUUUGUCGAAUCUGUUACUUGUCAUGGGUAUGUGUUUCUUCUUUGGUGGUAUCGUCAAUAUGCGAGAUGCAGAUGGCAAUGCCCAGGAGCAGAGCUUCCAGACCAUCACCGCCCAGACCACCGCCUCAUUAAUGACACUGUCCGCUGCCUCUAUGAUCCUGCCUGGAACUCUGUUUAUGAUUAUAAAUAAUAGCAAGAGUGGCGAUACUGCGGAACGCAACAGCGUCAUACUCUCCCUCUCUCGCGGGACUGCCAUCAUUUUAUUAAUUCUAUAUGUCCUCUACCUUUGGUUCCAGCUGAGAACCCACCAUACGCUGUUCAGCGCUGAGUCUGGACCCGACCCGGAACAAGAACAUGACGAACCCAUUUUACCAGCUAGCGAUGACUUCCCCGAGAACACACGAAGACCGGUUCGUCAGGAACAUGGCGAAGUCGUGGAAGAAGAGGUACAUAUGAGUCCGUGGUCUGCUGGCGCUGUCCUCAUUGUCACGACGGUUUUGGUCUCUAUUUGCGCCGACUACCUGGUCGAAAGUAUCGAUGCUCUCGUGGAACGCGCGCACAUUAGCCGAAGCUUCAUUGGUCUUAUUCUCAUUCCUAUCGUGGGCAAUGCCGCGGAACACGUCACUGCGGUUGUCGUGGCGGUUAAGAAUAAGAUGGAUCUGGCUUUGGGAGUUGCUAUUGGCUCCAGUAUUCAGAUUGCUCUGUUCGUGACUCCAUUCCUCGUGGUGCUUGGAUGGAUUAUGGAUAGGGAUAUGGAUCUGCACUUUGAGACUUUUGAAACUGUUUCAUUUGCGUUGGCUGUAUUGGUCGUGAUCUACACGGUCCAAGAUGGAAAGUCGAACUAUCUCGAAGGCGCAAUGUUAAUGGCCUUGUAUAUUAUUAUCGCUCUCGCGUUCUUUGUCACUCCUAGUGCGUACUUCGAUACCGAUUGGGUGGUUGGUAAGCUUAGCAGCUUGAUCAGUUCGACAUGAUCUUUUGUCUUUGCAAUGCCCGGGCCUUUUUAAGGGGUAGUUUUACCGUGUAUGAAGAUGCGCAAGUAUUCGCAUUCUACCACGUCGUAACCACUCGGCACAUCACUUGAUGACGUGUGGGAACGUACUACUACUACUACUAUACAAUAGCACUAUGAAGUAGUGCCUACCUACCUCGACGAGGUUUCCCUUGAAAUCCCAUAUUCUCAUCAAGUUAUUCAAACGUACCUUUCCUCUUUCCCUUUUCGUUUUUGUGCCUCUUCCUCGUCUGUUCACGUGUAUAACUAGUAGUUGGUUUAGUAAGUUUGGUUGGGCAGAAACCCCUUUAAAAGACGGCACAAGCUGUAGGUAGUACCACCAAAUGUUUGGGGGGUUUUUUUUUUGGGGGGG